AUGGAGACUGGGGGUGGGGGGACGGGGAGUGAGGAGGCUGUGGGGGUUUUGGAGAAGGGGGAGGAGGGGGAGGUAUCGGUUGAGGGGGGUGAUGGGGUGGUUGAGGGAGAAGGGGGUGAGACGACUGAGAAGACGGCUUUGUUGGAGACGUCGGCGGUUGAUGAGCCGAGGCUUUCAUCGAGUUCGGAAAAGGCGAGCAGUACUGAGGAAACGGCUGCUGCUGGAGAACAAGGGAGGCCGAGUACGAGUUCUAACACGGAAAUCAGCUCUGAGUCGUUUGACCUACGGCCUUAUUCGUUACCAUCGGUCCGCGAGCUUUUCAGGGUGCUGGUUAGCUUCUUGGACCCUCAUGACCGCCGCCAUCCCGAUCAAAUGAGAGUCAUGGCUCUCAGGAUCAUCCACGUGGCGCUUGAGGUGGCAGGGCCAUCGAUUGCCAGGCACCCAGCGCUUGCGGCGAUUGCAGAGGAUCAGCUGUGCUGCUAUCUCUUCCAGCUUGUACGCUCCGAUAAUAUGGCCGUGCUGCAGGAAGCGUUGAUUGUGGCCAGCACCCUUCUUUCAACCUGCAGACAUGUUCUAAAGCUUCAGCAGGAGCUGUACCUGUCUUACUUGGUCGCUUGCCUUCAUCCAGCGGUGGAGAUCCCUCGAGAGCCAGGCAUUGACCCCAGUCUUUAUUCGGGCAUCCCACAGUCGCCAAAGUUGGUCAAACCACCACCAUCGCAGCAAGGUAGUGGCCGUUCUACGCCUGUUCCAGUCAAGGACCGCCAAAAGUUGGGGCUGGAAGGGGGCGCGCGCAAACCAGAUGCCAGACAGGCCAUGGUUGAGAAUAUUGGAGUGCUGGCUCGCAUGCCUACCUUUAUGGUGGAUCUGUUUGUCAACUAUGACUGCGAUGAGGAUAGGGCUGAUCUGUGUGAGGACAUGAUCGGUCUGUUGUCAAGAAAUGCGCUCCCAGACUCGGCUACUUGGAGCACGACAAGCGUGCCACCUCUCUGUUUGGAUGCGCUACUUCGCUUCAUCCAGUACAUUGCAGAAAGACUUGACCAGACCCCUGAAACAGAGGGCUAUCCCGACCCGGAAGUACUCAGAGAAAAGAGGCGAAGGAAAAAGCUCAUCAUCAAGGGCGCAAACAAGUUCAACGAAAAUCCAAAGGGCGGCUUGGCAUAUCUCCAGGAAAAGGGGAUCAUUGCCGACGCUAAAGACCCAGUCUGUGUGGCCAAGUUCUUGUCGGGUACGACAAGAGUCAACAAGAAGCAGCUUGGCGAGUUCCUCACCAAGAGAGGCAACGAGGCUAUUCUAGAUGCGUUUAUGGACCAGUUUGACUUCUCUGGAAAGAGAGCAGACGAGGCGCUGCGCAUGAUGUUGGGAACUUUCCGCCUGCCUGGCGAAGCGCCUCUGAUUGAGAGGGUGGUUGUUUCAUUCUCGGAAAAGUACUUCAAGUCGGAGCCUGAGGGCAUCGCAGACCAGGACUCGGUCUAUGUCCUCUCCUACGCGAUCAUCAUGCUGAAUACGGACCAGCAUAAUCCAACCAUCAAGAAAGAAGCUCGCAUGAACGAGGCGGCCUUUGCGAGGAACUUGCGGGGUGUCAAUGGCGGGAAGGAUUUCCCUCCGGAGUAUAUCCAUGACAUCUUCCACGCCAUCAGCACGAACGAGAUCAUCCUGCCUUCUGAGCAUGACAACAAGCAUGCGUUUGACUAUGCCUGGAAGGAGCUGCUUCUCAAGUCUGACUCGGCCGGGCCGCUGGUGUUGUGCGAUACGAACAUUUAUGAUGCCGACAUGUUUGCCACGACGUGGAACGCGAUUGUGUCGUGUUUGUUUUUUGUUUUCAUGUCGGCGACGGAUGAUACGGUUUAUGCAAGGGUGAUUACCGGGUUCGAUGAGUGCGCAAGGAUCGCGACCAAGUACGGGAAUAGCGAGGCGCUGGAUGAGAUUGUGUAUCGGUUGGGCUAUAUCUCGACUCUGAGCAGUGAGGGAGGGUCGAAUACGACGCUUAAUACCGAGGUGCAGGUUGGGGAGAAUAGUGUUAUGGUGAGUGAGCUGGCGGUCAAGUUUGGGAGGGAUGUGAGGCCGCAGUUGGCGACGUUGGUGUUGUUUAGGGUUGUUACUGGGAGUGAGCCGGUGAUCAAGAAGAGUUGGAAGCAUAUCAUUCGGAUAUGGCUGAACCUGUUUGUCAACUCGCUUAUACCGCCGUUCUUCUCGACAGAAGAGGAUAAGCUCUCGCUGCCGCCUAUUCCUCUGCAGCCGCCAUCUCAAGUCAUUGAUCGGGGUGCCAAGCAGAACGAGACAGGCUUCUUCUCGGCAUUCACCUCGUAUAUCUCAAGCUAUGCGGCCGAUGACCCGCCUGAACCUUCAGAUGAGGAAUUGGAGAGCACGCUCUGCACUGUCGACUGCGUCAACCAGUGUCACAUGGGGGAUGUGUUUGCCAAUGUCUCGAGCCUACCAAGUCACAAUCUUGAAGCACUGGUAGAUUCUUUGCUGGCACAAAUUCCAGAAGACAAUGGGUCGACCGUCAUCACUGUCAAGGCCGAGAAUAUCCCACCGUCUGGAACUAACGGACAGAAACCUCGUCAGACCACCGCCGUCUACGACCCGGGGUUGGUAUACAUCUUGGAGUUCUGCACAGUCCUCGCCCUUCGUGAUGAGACCACCAUCGAGGUUCUCGGCAAGCGGGUCGUGGAAGUUAUCCAGGAGAUCCUGAGAGAUGUUCCUCGGUACCAUCCUGUCCUCAUCGAGAGAGCCACCUUCUACCUCUUCAACCUCCUCCAAGCAAGCUACGAGUUUGACUACGUCCGCGUUCCCAUCCUCCUUCACACCGUCUCCAGCUUCCCCAAAGACACCCUCAUAAAGACUUCUGGUCUCGUCCUCCGCGGCCUAAAGCUCUGCAUCGAAAAGCCAUGCCCUCUCCGAAAUGAGAUGAUGACCUCACCCGACUUUUGGGUCAUCCUCCAGACCCUCGCCACCAACCCAGACUCAGCAGAGGCCGUCUUUGAGAUUCUGGAGACGGGUGUUAUCAACAGCAACCCCUCGGCAAUCAUGGCGGACAACUACGAGGCGUCUCUCUCGUUGCUCAACGAAUAUGCCAGCAUGGCGAGCGUCGGCGCGGUAGCAGAGCAGCAAAACGACCGCAAGGUCAAGGGCCGCAAAUUCAUUGCCAAGAAGCUUGAGAAACCAAGCGACAACAAGGUUGUCGAAAGGGGCGUUAGGGCCCUGGAGGGAAUCUACAAGCUCACAUCUCGCAUCCCCGGUCUCAUGUCCCAGAGUCAUCUAGAGAGCAGGGAGGCGUGGUCGGCGUAUUGGCUUCCUGUUUUCCAGGCCCUAACAACGCAGUGCACGAACCCCUGUCGGGAGAUUAGACAUUUGGCGUUUUCUAGCCUGCAGAGGACGCUGCUUAGCCCAGAUCUGACGUCCCAGGAGGAGCAUGAUGAGUGGACGGCGAUUUUCGGGGAGGUGCUGUUCCCGCUUAUCUUGAGGCUGUUGAAGCCGGAGGUUUUCAGCUCGGAUCGGGACGGGAUGAGCGAGACGAGGGUGCAGGCUGCGAGCUUGCUGAGCAAAGUUUUCUUGCAGUAUUUGGUCAUGCUGAGCGAGUGGGAGGGGCUGUUGGGGUUGUGGGUGAGGAUUAUUGAGAUUAUGGACCGGUUGAUGAAUAGUGGGCAGGGGGAUAGUUUGGAGGAGGCUGUUCCGGAGAAUUUGAAGAAUGUGUUGCUUAUUAUGGCGAGUAAUGGGUACUUGGUGCCGCCGAGCAAGAACCCCGAGAGGGAGGAGCUGUGGAACGAGACGUGGAAGAGGAUUGAUAGGUUUCUGCCGGGGUUGAGGGCGGAUUUGGCGCUGGAUGUGCCUGAGGAGGUGGUGCCGGCGGCUAGGGGGGAGCAGCAGGCGGUGCAGCCUCAAGGGGAGGAGGGGAAGGUGGAAGGGGCGGCGGCGUGA